CCUCCAAUGGUUUCCCAUCUUGCAUUAUUGUGCAUCUCUUUCCUUUUCAUUUUUCCUUUCUCCUCGUCUUCGUCCAUACCCAUUCGGUCAGAGUAUGAAGUCGGUCUGCUUUUUGAGGGUUGGCUAGUUACACUUAACAAAUCUUAUAAGGACUCAUCAGAGAAGCAGAAAAGGUAUGAGAUCUUCAAAGAUAACCUUCAGUAUAUUGAUGAGCGUAAUGCCGGCAAUCAUACCUUUACUCUCGGUCUUAAUGUAUUCGCGGACAUCACAGUAGAAGAGUAUAGGGCCACUUAUUUGGGCACUUUGCCACCAUCCCCUAGUUUACAAAUGGUAAAUGAUGAAACGAUUGAGACAUAUGAGAGUGAUGAUCAUUACUUCAAUGUGACAAACACCCCAGAUUCCAUUGAUUGGAGGGAUUUGGGAGCUGUUACUCCAGUCGAAAAUCAAGGCAAAUGUUUUAGUUGUUGGGCUUUUACUGUCCUCGCGACGGUGGAAGCGAUACAUCAAAUCAAAACAGGAGAUUUAAUAUCUUUGUCGAAACAACAAUUAGUAGAUUGCCACAAAAAGAGUUGUGGACGACAUUAUCUCGAUCAACCAUAUGAAUACAUUAUCAAGAAUGGUGGGAUUGACACGGAGAAAGACUAUCCUUAUGAGGCUAAAAUUAAGAAGUGUAACACGACAAAGGAAAAUAAUAAUGUUGUGUCAAUCGAUGCUUACAAAAUGGUUGCUCAAUCAAAUGAGUUUGCUUUAAUGCAAGCCGUCGCUAGACAACCGAUUGCCGUUGCUGUUGAAGGCUAUGGGCAGGAUUUCCAGCUAUAUACAAAGGGAAUAUUCACGGCAUAUUGUGGGACAGCGGUAGAUCAUGCCGUUACUGUAAUAGGCUAUGGCACCAAUGGGAAUGUAGAUUAUUGGCUCAUUAAAAAUUCAUGGGGAGACUUUUGGGGAGAAUCUGGUUAUAUAAGAUUAGAACGAAAUAUUCAAGAUAGAGACGGUAAAUGCGGUGUUGCGCAAUGGCCAUAUUACCCUAUAAAAAACUGAACGUGUGAUGUGCAACCCAGUUCAAGUGAUCAAAGCACAUUGCAGGAGUGCCAGUUUAUGAUGAUGAAGAGAUUAGAUGGAGGAAGACGUGCCAAUAAUAUCGAUGAACAAUGAUGUUGCAUUUUAUUAUUAUCCGUUAUAAAUUAAUUAUGUCCACCAAUUUGCAAAA